CGACCAUGAAACUACAACUCCCGGCAGGCGGCGCGGACGCUUGCGCAGGCGCUAGGCGGUGAGGGGGUGGCGGCGGCGGGGCGCGGAGCGGCGUGCGUGAUGUCGGUACUUUGCUGGGGCCGCGGCGCGGCGGGGCUCAGACGGGCCUUGCAGCCUUGCGGCUGCCCGGGGCUCCUCGCCAAAGAAGGGAUCCUCGGGGGCGUCUGCGGCCCCAGGAGAAGCUCGUCCGCCAGCCCCCAGGAGCAAGACCAAGACCGCAGGAAGGACUGGGGCCACGUGGAGCUGCUGGAGGUGCUCCAGGCGCGGGUGCGGCAGCUGCAGGCUGAGAGCGUGUCUGAGGUGGUGGUGAACAGGGUGGAUGUGGCGCGGCUCCCAGAACGUGGCAGUGGAGAUGGUGGCCCCCAGCCACCCAGGAAGGUCCAGAGGGAGGCCAAGGGUGCCAGCCCGGUGCCCCGUAGCGGCUGGGCACAGAGACUGGAGAAGGAUAAGCGGAUCCGGCGGAUGCACAUGCAGCAGUUGGAGGUGAACCUGCAGAUGCGAGUCCAGAGCCAGAGCAAGGAGUUGAAGGUGCGGCCCAAGCACCUGCAGGUGGAGCCCCGGCUCCUGAGCAAGCAGCUGGCCGUGUUCCUGGCCCCUGAGAGCUCCUGGGAGGAGCAGCUGCCCCGGGUGCUGCAGGAGGCCCCUCGGAAGCUGAGCCUCGAUGUGGGGCGGGCCCCGCCCACGCAGGCCCAGCUCUCAGGUCAGCAGCAGAAGCUCCUGGCCUUCUUCAAGUGCUGCCUGCUCACCGACCACCUGCCCCUCGCCCACCACUUGCUGGUCACCCACCACAGGCAGCAGCAGAAACAGAAGUGGCUCACUCUGGACAUGUACAACACCGUCAUGCUUGGCUGGGCGCGGCAGGGGGCCUUCAGGGAGCUGGUGUAUGUGUUGUUGAUGGUGAAGGAUGCUGGCCUCACCCCAGACCUGCUGUCCUACGCGGCCAUCCUCCAGUGCAUGGGGAGGCGGGGCCAGGACGCCGGGACCAUUGAAAGGUGUCUGGAACAGAUGAGCCAGGAGGGGCUGAAGCUGCAGGCACUCUUCACUGCCGUGCCCCUGUCCGAGGAGGAGCAGGCCACUGUGCUGACGGCCGUGCACAAGGUGAAGCCCACCUUCAGCCUCCCGCCGCAGCCGCCGCCCGCGGUCAACACCUCGAUGCUGCUCAGGGACGUGUAUGCCAAGGAUGGGCCGGUGUCCUACCCGAAGCUGCACUUGCCCCUGAAGACCCUGCAGUCGCUUUUUGAGAAGCAGCUUUGCGUGGAGCUGGCCAGCAAGGUGUGCGUGGUGUCUGUGGAGAAGCCUGCAUUGCCAAGCAAGGAGGUCACACACGCGCGGAAGACCCUGCAGACCCUGCGGGACCACUGGGAGAAAGCGCUGUGCCGGGUGCUGCAGGAGACCAAGAACCACCUGGAGGGCGAGGUGCGCAAGGGCCGGUUCUCACUGUACCCCUUCCUGUGCCUGCUGGACGAGCGCGAGGUGGUGCAGAUGCUUCUGCAGGUCCUGCAGGCGCUGCCCGCCCAGGGCGAGUCCUUCACCACCCUGGCCCGGGAGCUGAGUGCACGCACUUUCAGCCGGCAUGUGGUGCAGAGGCAGCGGCUCAGUGGUCAGGUGCAGGCGCUUGAGACGUACUACAGGAAGUACCUGCACGUGCUGGCCUCCGACACCAAGGUGCCCAACCCCUGCCUGCCGCGGCAGUACUGGGAGGCGCUGGGGGCGCCCGAGGUCCUGCGGGAGCAGCCCUGGCCCCUGCCAGUGCAGAUGGAGCUGGGCAAGCAGCUGGUGGAGAUGCUGGUGCAAGCCACGCAGAUGCCGUCCAGUCUGGACAACCAGCACGGCUCCUCCCGGCUUGUUCCCGUGCUCUACCACGUGUACUCCUUCCGCAGCGUCCAGCAGAUCGGCGUCCUGAAGCCGCACCCGGCUUACGUGCAGCUGCUGGAGACGGCCGCGGAGCCCACGCUGACCUUCGAGGCGGUGGAUGUGCCCAUGCUGUGUCCCCCGCUGCCCUGGACUUCACCGCACACGGGCGCCUUUCUGCUCAGCCCCACCAAGCUGAUGCGCACGGUGGAAGGCGCCACGCAGCACCAGGAGCUGCUGGAAACCUGCCCGCCCACCGCGCUGCACGGCGCUCUGGACGCUCUCACCCAACUGGGCAACUGCGCCUGGCGCGUCAACGGGCGGGUGCUGGACCUGGUGCUGCAGCUCUUCCAGGCCAAGGGCUGCCCCAACCCUCACCCUCCAUCUGUGGCUGUAGAGGACUCAUCCAGAAGUCCGUCCGGGCCUCACUGCCCGCCACACCCCCUGUCCCCGCAGGGCCGAAAGUGGUGGAUGGGCGCUGAGGAACCCUGGCAGACGCUGGCCUGCUGUAUGGAGGUGGCGAACGCCGUGCGCUGCUCUGACCCAGCUGCCUAUGUCUCCCACCUCCCCGUCCACCAGGACGGCUCUUGCAACGGCCUACAGCAUUAUGCUGCCCUGGGCCGCGACAGCGUGGGCGCCGCCUCAGUCAACCUGGAGCCCUCGGAUGUGCCGCAGGACGUGUACAGCGGUGUGGCUGCGCAGGUGGAGGUGUUCCGCAGGCAGGACGCCCAGCGGGGCACGCGGGUGGCACAGAUGCUGGAAGGCUUCAUCACCCGCAAGGUGGUGAAGCAGACGGUGAUGACUGUGGUGUACGGGGUCACCCGCUACGGCGGGCGUCUGCAGAUUGAGAAGCGCCUCCGGGAGCUGACCGACUUUCCCCAGGAGUUCGUGUGGGAGGCCUCCCACUACCUCGUACGCCAGGUCUUCAAGAGUCUACAGGAGAUGUUCUCAGGGACCCGGGCCAUCCAGCACUGGCUGACCGAGAGCGCCCGCCUCAUCUCCCACAUGGGCUCCGUGGUGGAGUGGGUCACACCCCUGGGUAUCCCCAUCAUCCAGCCCUACCGCCUGGAGCUCAAGGUCAAGCAAGUACGAGGUGGAAUUCAGACCAUCACCUACACCCACAAUGGAGACAUCAGCCAGAAGCCCAACACGCGUAAGCAGAAGAACGGGUUCCCGCCGAACUUCAUCCACUCGCUGGACUCCUCGCAUAUGAUGCUCACUGCCCUGCACUGCUACAGGAAGGGCCUGACCUUCGUCUCUGUGCACGACUGUUACUGGACCCACGCAGCUGAUGUCGCCGUCAUGAACCAGGUGUGCCGGGAGCAGUUUGUCCGCUUGCACAGUGAACCCAUCCUGGAGGACCUGUCCCGGUUCCUGGUCAGCCGCUUCUGCCCUAAACCCCGGAAGAUCUCCCAGAGCUGGGAGGCCCGCCAGCUGAAGGAGACCCUGCAGGCAGUGCCCAAGCCAGGGGCCUUCGACCUGGAGCGGGUGAAGCAUUCCACCUACUUUUUCAGCUGACACCCGGCGGGUCUUGUGCCAGUGUGUAAAUAAAGCUCUGUUGCCACCUCUAGGAA